GCAUGCGCGUAGUCUCCCGCGUUUGGCGUCGCAUUAUUCCAGCAAAAUGGCGGAUACGAACAUUGUCGUUGCCGGUGUUAUCGCUUCUACUUCAUCGACCGAUGGAUCUUCUAGGAUUCGUCGAGCCAUACCAUCGAUUCCAGCAAUACGCAGCGAAUUCGAGUCAUUGUUGUCCAACAGCAGCGACGACGAAGACAGUUCGUUGCAGGGAAUUGAUAUUCCGAUUCAAUUACAAUCGAAAGGCAUCAACGAUAAUGUUAACAAACCCAGAUUAAUAGAGACGGGUAUUUACGAAGACGAAGACGAGGUUUGUAGAGAAAUUGAAUUUUCACUAGAUCGCACGGUAUGUUGGUGCUCGUUCGUUUCGCAGAUCAUUUUAUCGAUAAUUUGGAACAAGAAUCGGUUGGGUGCCGCGUAUUACAAUGUUCUCACGUCCGAAUUGUUCGUGAUGGAGGAUACGACGGACGACGUCGAGUGUUUCGACGCGAUGAAAGCUUUGUACAGGCAGUGUAUGCCACGUUACGUACUCACGUACGCCGGUGUGGCUGGUGCGUUCAUCGUCGCUCUGAAAGAGAUGAUAACAGGGGAUACACCGAACCAAGCUUCGUUGAGUUCCUACGACUCGAGGCGCACCGCGGAAUUGAAGGUAAUGUGCAGGAAAGAGCACAAUUACGAGCGAUGCUCACAGAGAGUGCGUUGUUUGCGGCUGGAAUCCGAACCUAAGGAGGCGAGUAUCGCGGACAGGCUGACUUUCUUGAACACUAUACUCAAUUUUAAAUGUUGCACCAUGAUUCACGCGCUGGGUUCGCUGUUGUUGUUCAUCGACAAACACUGGAACGAUAUCGCCUUAGUUCCAUCCGGAAGACCGUCCUUCGUCUCGCUUAAUUUCAUUACCCUUCAAGACCUGGUCGCGAUAGACGAAGACACCUACGAAGCGUUGAACAUCGUGCGAGCCAAGGAUCAUCCAAGUCUGUUCAAGUUUGGAAAAACGGACUCGAAAACGAGAGGCGCGAGCCUGUUCACCCUGCUCAGUCGUUAUUGUCUCUCUCAACCAGGAGUGCAGUUUCUGUGGAAAGCGCUGCAUCAUCCGACGCGGAACUUGGACGUGUUGGAGGAGAGAUUGAACGCGAUCGAAUUCUUCUUGGACCUUAACAACCAAAACUUCAUGGAGAACCUGUCGAGUUGCUUGAGGCACGUGUACCGUUUGACCAACGCUAUACUCGCCUGUUGUUCCGGGCCUCAAGCGAAAGCCUCCAAUUGGUAUAAAUUGCACAAGACCGUAUCACACGUAAUUUGCAUCGGCGACAUAUGCGAGGAUCACGCCGAAAAGAUUCCAACGUUCAAGCGAAUCGCUGAGAGCGUCACUACCGAGAUGCAAUACGUCAAGUACUUUAUCGAGUACAUAGUGGAUUUCGGCGAGAGCAGGCGAGAAGGGAAACUCGUGGUGAAACCGAACGUCGAUCCUUUGCUGGACGAACUGAAUCACGUACGACGCACUUUGCCCGAGGUGCUCACCCGGAUGGCAGAGAAAGACAUGCGGGAACAUCUUCCUCCUUCGGUCGAAGGCUGCAACAUGCUAUACUUGCCAAAUAUCGGUUACGUGCUGGCGAUAAACAAGUGGAAUCCGACUCCACCGGACGACGACGUUCUCUUCACCGAUUUGGAAUUCAAAUUCACCAUCAACGACGUGCGGUAUUACAAAAGCUCUUCGGCCAAAGAGCUGGACGAAACGGUGGGCGAUAUCUUUCUGAAGAUCGCCAUGCGACAAAAUCAUAUCAUACAAAAGUUGGUGCGAUAUGUAAAGAAACAUACCGGGUCGAUCUUGCGCUCGAUUCAAUUGUGCGCCGAACUGGACACGUUGAUCGCGUUCCACAAAGUGGCGCGCGAUUACAAUUACGUGAGACCGAUUUUAAUCGACUCAAAGAUAUUGGAGGUAGUAGAGGGACGACACCCGUUGUUGGAGUGCGAUUGCACCUUCGCGCCGAAUGAUAUCCAUUCGGGAAACGGGAAGAGUUUGAUCAAAGUCAUAACAGGGCCGAAUUCGUGCGGCAAGAGCGUGUAUCUGAAACAGGUAGGGCUCUUGUUAUUCAUGGCGCACAUAGGCUCUUACGUGCCAGCCAAAUCGGCCACCAUCGGCACGAUCGAUCGUAUCUCGACUCAGCUGUCUUACACGGAGAGCAUCGGCUUGAACGCUAGCUCGUUCCUGCAAAAUCUUCGACAGAUCAACGUUGCUCUUCGCGCAUCUACAAGCAAGUCCCUCGUGAUAACGGACGAAUUGGACAGGAAUACGUCGGAAAUUAGUGGAUCGUCGCUGGUCGCGGCCGUGCUGAACGAGUUUGCGGAAAAAGGCGCCGAUUGUCCCCACGUGUUUGCCACGACGCACGCACACGGCGUACUCGCGUUGCUUCCCCGAACAUCAUUGAUCCAGGUUCAGACCUUUGAAUACACAUUGAACGAGGACGACAGUUUGGCCUUUCUUUAUCGGUUAACCAACGGAAGUAGCCAGCGCAGCUUCGCGCAUUCUGCCGCGAGAGUCGCGGAAUUGGACGAAAAGGUCGUAAAGCGAAGCCUCGAGGUAUGUAAUUCCAUUGUUUCCCGCUCUACUUAUUUUUCAAGUCGUGCGAUUGAAUUCGUUGCAGGUGUACGAGAAGAUCAAGCAGGACACGUUACCAUCCCCGGUCGAUCAACGCUUCGAAACGGUAAAGCGUAUCGUGGAACUGUUCGAAUCGAGCACAGACUUAGAUUUAGACGAGGUGAAAUCGUUGGUACGGCAAGCCGUACAUCCGAAAUAAUGUCAAGUACCUACUUUUAACUACGUUUAAAGAAUACAAUUCUACGCGUUUCCUUCUUUGCCGCAUAAUUUACAAAUAAAAAAAAAAUAAAAAAAACAAUCGGUAGGGGUCAGAUUGAUUCGUUAAACGUCCGAUAGAUGGGAGGAGGAUGCAGGAUUUAGAAAGGAAGAACGCGACGUUUGACAGAUGUCGCGUCGAUCGCGGUCGACCGAAAGUUGGCGCUCGCAGUCUUUCCGUUGUCAAUAACGGACACUGGCAGUAUCCCGGCACAAAAUCCCGGAAACGUCUUGUUCGUAAAAAUUCGACGAAUCUCCGGAUGUAAGUUCGAGUCGUGGCAUAAUCGUUUCGGCGUGCGUAUAAAUUGGCGAAAAAAGAGCGUGUUGUCGCGGGUGAUACGCGACGUAUCGUUUUAUGUUGAAUUCGCGAAACGGGCGUGCCUUGGACGAUCGGUGACGUCCCUGACGCGAAAAUAUACAACGACCAGAGGCGGCGAAUAACGAGAACGAGACUGCGACUGCGACAGCGACUGCGACGACGACGAUCACGACGACGACGUCGACGACGAUAACGAGCUGGAGGAGGAGGAGGAACGUCAGCGGUAGUACAGGAACGAGAAGGCGUACAAAGAAAAUAGAGCAACGGCAAACCGGUGACGGGAAGGGAAAAGUACCACGGCGGGGAAGACGAACGCACCGCCGCGUGAUUUUGAACGCGAACCCCAGCUCGUAACUGUCAACGGUCGGAUUCCGAAGUCUCGCGAACUAGGACCGUACCGUGAGUAAGGCUUCUCCGAGUGAAUCGUUACGUUUCUCGUUCGCGUUAACCACGAAUAUCGUCGACGCUCGAUCCGGUGAAGAACCGGCUGUUUCACGGUCCUGGCUACGGCGCGAGAAUACGACUAAAUGACCAUGGA